UUUGAGAAAUAUUAAUAGUUACAAGUUAGAAGGGCUGUUAGAUUGGGCUAUAGAGGAAGGUAUAGGAAUCAUAGGCGUGGCAGAAACAAAUGUGAAGAGCAAAGAAGGCAAUUACAUAUUAAAAGAUAAUAGAGAUUUUAUUGGAUUUUGGGCUAGUGCAGCAGAAGACAAAAAGAAAGGUUCCGGA